UUUAUAAAGAUUUCGCGGUGAGCCUCUUACAAUAAAGAUGGCAGGGCGACAUAUUCGAUAUGAAUAUGCUAUUGGAGAAAUUGUGCUUUGCUUUGAACCUGACGCAACCAAAGCUAGGGUGUUAUAUGAUGCAAAGGUGAACCAUUUUAAAUACCAAUCAUUGUUAUAUUAGACAAAUUUUGAAAUGAAACUGAAAAGUCACUUUUGACUUUUAAUAUUAAUUAUUGUCUUUUACUUUAAACAUUAUUUUAUUUUUAUAUUCUGCAGUUACAGGCCUUGCCUAAGUUAACUAAGUUCUAAUUUUAGUGCCUUUUGAGCUAUGAAUUUUUAAAAUGUGAGUUCAUUUGGUAAUUUUUACUAUGCUAGGCACUUUGGUAAACCAAGGGAGACUAAUUUAAAAUUUGUAUGGGAAAUUUGAAAUAAGAAUCAGUGCAGAAGAUGCAAAGUUUUUAAUUUUUGGACCUUUUGUGGAUUUUCAUUGAUGAAAGGACUAUUUUGUCAUAAAAUUGUGUUAUUCAUUCAAACGUUUGCAGUAGUGGACAUCGAGGCCUAUAUUUACAUCACAAUUUUUUGCUGAUCAAUAGACCCCAAUUUUAGAAAUUCCUAGAUGUAUGUAAAUGUAAGGCAUCUUUCCCUACAAAAUUCUUUAAGAACUUCAAAAUAUAUGUCUUUCAUAUCAAAUCUUCCCCUGCAUUAUGAUUAUAUAAAAUAUUGAUGUAUAUGUGGGUAAAAAACGUGGACGAUUGGCAUUAUUUUAUCAAAUUUCAUGAAUGUAUCCCUAAAUCGAUCCCUAUGCCUAACCUGAAACCUAAAUCGAUCCCUAUGCAUAACCUGAACCCUAAAUUGAUGUCUAUGCCUAACAUGAACCCUAAAUCGAUCCCUCAACCUAACCUUAACCUUAAUUCACUGCAACUAUAAUAAACACACAAAGACGCCAUCGCAGUCGUCCUCAGUUUUAGCCUAUAUGUGUGCCAAUUCUCAUUGAGCUAGGACUUGUUGGCCAUAAUUGUGCUCGACUAAGUAACAUGCAUAACCAUAAGGUUGCUCAGCCCCAUUUUGACCACGCCCCCUUUUUUAAUGGCGGAAGAUGCGAAUACUUAUGAAAUAGGGGCCUAUUAUUACCAUAAUUUACAUACAAAUAUUUGAAUUUGAUAAAUUUUAUUUUAUAGUGAACUUAGAAAGUAUUGAAACAAGAAUAUUUAAUUUAAAAACCUGGCGGUAGAGUCCAUAUUAUAAAUUAUCAUAAAUUGCUGUGUGCAAAACAUUGUCAUGGGCAGCAAUUCACAGUCACUAACAUGUACUAUACUGCUAUAGUAUUAAUCUCAUAGUUUCAUUCAUAAGAAUUGACGCAUGCAAACACUAUUAAAUCAUUGGUCAGGGAAAGCUUUAAUUAAUUUUUCAUGUGCAAAAGUUGAAAUUUUCAAAAUAAGCAAUACAAAACCAGUAUUAUUUUUAUGGCGACGCUUUGCCUUACAAAGUCUCUAUGUAUAAUAUAAUGGACGUCUUAGACUUAGUGAACUGAGGAUCCAUAUCAUAUUUACUAAGUUUAAUGAUAAUAUUACAUUUGCUAGAUAAGUUACAAUGUAUUUAUAAUUGCAUGAUAGUUAAAAAUUAAAGUUAAUAUUAGAAACUAGCAUAAAUCCUGCAAAUAAAAGUUGUAUAAAAUUAUAAUUUAAAGGAGAAUUAUAGCGUGUGACCCGAUCAAUUGUGGAGGUGCAGUCCAUACCCAUAGUAAAAAAUACCAAAUGAACUCACAUUUUAAAAAUUCAUAGCUCAAAAAGUACUGAAGCUAGAAAGUUGAUUCGGACUUCAUUUAAUUUGUUUGAAGUUUGUUUGACAUUUUUAUAAUUUUUUACCGAAGUACCUACAAUGGCUCCCGACUACACCUCCACAUUUUCUGACCCAAUUGUGAAUAUUGCUUAUAAUAACUUGAGUUUGUUAAGUUUCUGGGAGCCUGAUUUUUUAAUGAAAAUUGAUUGAACCUUGUUCUUAUACUAAAACUAUUGAGGUUGUACUUUGUCAAUGUGGCGGAUGUUGCCAUUUUUUUCGUAAGUGACCACAUCAAUUUCCAUACAAUAUAACACCAAAAUUUCACUAUGGGGAAGCAAAUUUAAAUGCUGAUAAGCGUUUUAUAUAAUAAUCUUUAUUUAUUUUUUUUUUUUUUCGUAAUUUCCACUUCAAAAUAAAAAAAAACAUUUUCAAAAUUGAUAUAAAGCACUAAACCUAAACAAAAUUAAAGGAAAUGAAUUAUCAGUGGCAGUUUCUCAGUGUUAGCUAAUCAUGCCUCAUACUUAUGUCCAAAUACAUUGGUUUUGAUUUUAACAUCUAUAAUUUUACAAUUUGAUAUGAAGGUUGUUGAACAAAGACAAGUGAAAGAUGCCAGUGGUAAGAAAAGGCCAGCUUAUGUUGUGCAUUUUCAAGGUUGGAACAGCAGGUAAUAAUAACUAAAUAACCGUAAUACAUUUGAAAACAUAACAAAACAGUCAUUUAUAUCUUCUAAAUAUCUAAUUAUUUUUUAUUAAUAUAAUAUAUGUUAGUUUUUAGCUUUCUGAAGCCAUUUUUAAAACAAACACACAUUUUUAUCCUUUCCAGUAGUAGUGUAAAUUUUAAAAACUUGAAAAUGUUUUAUUUACAGUUGGGACAGGCAAGUAGGAGAACAUUAUUUGUUGCGAAAUACGGACGAAAAUAGAGAGCUUAUGCGCAAGCUGGCAGAAACGGCAAAAAAAUUGUAAGUUGAUCUAUACAAUACAUGUUUAUUAAGUUGAUGCAGCAAAAGACCUAAAAUGUUUUUUUAAAAAUAAAUUUUCAAGUAUUUUUGGUUCAUGAUAAAGUCUUGUUGUUAAUGGCACAAUAUAAAAGUAACUAAAUAUUUAUCUUGUCUGGUCCAUAUGUAGUAGUCGUAAAAAUAGUCAAAGGAGAAGAAAAAUCAAUGUCAUCUUACAUGAAGCUUUUGGAGGAGCCCCCCCAGAAUUUGAUGUUAUUAGUGAAAGUGAGGACUCAGAGGAAGAAUCUGAUUCAGGACGGGUAAGCCACACAAAAAUUGUUUAAACAAUGUAUGAGUAAGAAAGUUAAUUGUACUUGAUUUAAUUUAUUGAUUAAAUAAUUGGAAGUUAUUAAGUAUUAAAUAUGGAAAGACACUAACUCUAGUUACGGUAGCUCACUAAUUAUGUUUUUGCAUUUAUAAAUAAUCACAGAAAAUCAGUCUUUUUUUGUAAAUAUAUUUGCAGAAAGUUGGAAAAGGUAAACUGGGCCAAGAAAAAAAAAGACAGGUGAGUCUACCAUGGUACAUUUAGGAAAAUACAUGGGAAUCUACCAAAGCACAUUUAUUUUUAUUUUUUUUCCUACAUUAAUAUUUUUUAAAUAGUUUAAAACUUUAUAUUAAAUUUGCUUAAUUUUGUUUAAAAAUAAAAGCUUAAUCUGAUUUAGUUUUUUUUUAUAAACUCAUAAAAUUUGAACAUGUUUGUGUCAUGGGUGGAACUUUUCAAAGAAAAUUGUUUGCAGCUUGGCACCAUGGCAAUUUACAAUUUCUCCUCAGGUAUUUCUCAGAUGUUUCAUAAAAAUUUAAUUUUAUAAAAAAUUUCUAAAAUUUAUUGACUGUGCAUUUUAAAUUGAUGCAACAAUAAUAUUCAAACAUAUAUUGGGCUUGAACGAAUUUAAUCUCAGGGGGGUGUAUAUUUUUAAAAAACAUAACACCUUAGUAAAUCGAGUGAACACUGUACAUACUAUGACCUCCCUUGUGUUGAUCUCAGUGUAGUGAAUGACCUUUACAUGUGUAUUCCUUAUCAGAAAACAAGCAUUGUUGAUUUUGAAAUCCCAGAUAGUUUAAAAGUGCAACUUGAAGAUGACUACUUCCUCAUUAACAGGAAAAACAAGGUGCCAUGUUUUCAUUUUACUAGACGGUACCUUUGUGUUACAACAUAUUUUUUAAUGUAUAAUAGUUGAAUCAAAUUUUACAAUUUCAUAAAAUUUUAUGAUAUAUUUGUUCACCAGAAUCAGUUUGAAGAUGUAGAUUUUAUUUUAAUAAACUAAAUUUCAAUGAAUUAAAUUAUAAAGUUUUGUUUUCAUUUUAUUUAGCUUACGCAAAUUCCAGCUAAGCCCUGCGUUGUGGACACAUUGGAGAGUUUCAUGAAAACUUUCUGUGUCAACUAUUUAUGUGACCCAUCCGGGGGACGUGAAAAGACCAGGACAAGCAGCAGUAAACACACCCUCAAGUGUAGCCCAGAUAAAUGGUGGGUACUGUUGGGCGUCGGUCAUUUUUAAGUCUUUACAUCAAACCAUGCAAAGGUUUUACUCUUCUGUCUCAUUCAUGUUAAUUUUGUUUGUUUUAUUGUUUUCAUCUCUAUUGACUCUAAAAAAUUUUUUAGAUGAAAUUUUAAGCUCAUUUUGCAAAACUAAGGAAGCUAAUAUCAUUGGGGUGUGGGGGAAUAGUAAGUUCAUUUUACAAAAUUUCCCUGCAGCAAGGCUAGAUCGACAAGAUAUUAUUUGGAUCUUAGGCGGCAGUUGAAAGUUCAUCUAGUAUGAAAACUGAUUAAGCACCUCUUUUCCUAGUUCCAAAAAAAAAAUAAUGCUCACAUCCGGCUUGUAUCAAAGCUUAACAGUUAAUAAUGGCCGCCGCAACAAAGUUACUUUUUACAUUUAAAGAUAAUUAGCUGUCGUUGUAAUAACUUAAUUGUAUUUCUGUCAAUCUUGUUUAUCCCCAGUGUUUCACUAUGUAAGGAGUUUGUGGACAGCCUGCGCAUCAUCUUUGACUUCACACUACCCAUAAUUCUCCUGUAUGCAGCAGAGCAGCAGCAGUACGAGUCUGCAAUGAAGGAUAUUAAAUUUACUGAUCUGCACGCUAAAGACAAAGAGUUGUGAGUUCACUUAAAAACAUUACUUAACCUUAUACUACACAUAGUACUUGUAUUAUGCCCUUUUAAAUAUACAAAUUGUUCCUAUUUCAACCUGUGUGUGGCUAUCUGGUGUAUCACAAGGAGUUCACAGAUUUGGUGUUAAAGACAACGAAUCACUGUAAAAAAAAUUAUGAUCUUUUUAGAGUUUAUGGGUACUCAAAAUUAGGUGUCAUCAAAAUUAUAAUCCAAUAACCUUUUAAUUUCCUAGGAUAUUGGUAUUCACAGAAACAGAUUAUGUUUUUCUAACACUUGAAUGGUGUGUCAAAGAAUUUAUAAAAUCAGGGCCCAUCACUGCAGUUGACGCUGUUGCAUUUGUGAUAUUUUUUUCUAACUUUUUUUCAUAGCUUUUUUUUUUUCUAAAUGAUUUCUUUGGAAUCCAGGAGUGGGGAAGGUGUUUUUAUGAAAUUUUGUGUAGGCAUAAACUAACACUUAUACACAUCCGCCAUCUUGUAACUAAAUGGUGGGAUCGAAACAGCCAGCUGAAGACAAGUUGACUGCAGACAUUAUGAUCAUCCGUGGUCUUGAAAAAAAAGCAGAGAACUCUGCUCUAACAAAAAAGCUCAGACUUUGUUUUAAAACGCUAACGUACACUAAGACCUUUGCACCUCACGGUGAAUCUGACCACGCAAUGGUUCUCUGCACGCCUUGAAAAAUGGGACAACACAAUGUUCAAUAAGUGCUGUGACACAGACCAAUUUUGGAGGGGACACAAAAACUUUAGAAACUGAAAACAUAUGCAAUGUCGAGUAUGAGCGUUUAUUAGGAAUUGUUGCAAAUCAAUAUUAUGUUCAUUAGUUGUUGAACGCUUUUCCCGCGCUUGACUAUUAUAGUUAGUGAACGCUCUUCCCGCCAUUGUAUUUAUGACGUAUUUUUAUGCUGAGUCGUGACGUAUUGUCUAUGCGGUGUUGUGACGUAUGUUGUAGUCGUGCGGCAGUCUUGAGUGGAACCUUGGAGUGAUAGGAUGUUUAUAUAUUUACUUAGAUAUUAAAGUUAUAGUUAUUAUCAAAAGGAGUUGAGUUUGAUCUAUGAUAGUGAGAAUAGUACGACGCUUCAACGUAUGAAAGAACUGACGAAUGUAAUCAAUCCAAGAAGACGUAUAGGAGUUGACAUGGAGGCUUCUCAUCCGGGAUUGGUGAACCUCGUUAUUUUCAUACUUGAGGUAAAUUACAAGAACAUUCUUAUUAUUCAACUUUGGUGAAGUUACAACCAUCGUCCAUUGUUCCCGUAUUUCAAUGUCGGAGCCCCGCUGCCAACGUGUGUCAAAUUUUUAAUGAGUUGCAUACGCCAGUAACUCCAUCAACCACCUACGUCCUGUAUUGGGCUAGUUAUGUCCUAACCUGCAACAGUGAAAUAACUACGUCCUGCCCGUUAUCAAGUUACUAACCUCGUGUCCAGUUCAAGUGAAAUAACUACGCCCUGCCCGUUAUCAAGUUACCAACCUCGUGUCCAGUUCCAGUGAAAUAACUACGUCCUGCCCUGUAUGAAGUUAGCAAUGUCGUGUCCAGUUACAGCAAAUUAACUACGCCCUGCCCGUUAUCAAGUUGCCAACGUCCUGUUCAGUUCCAGUGAGUUAACUACGCCCCUACACGUAUCGAGUUAUCUACGUUCCUUCGGUAGUGAGCUACCAACUUCGUGUUCAGUUCCAGUGAAAUACCCAGCCCUGACCUUCGUCAAGUCGCCAACGUCCAGUUGAGUUCCAGUGAAUUAACUACGCAUUUCCCUAUAUCGAGUUAUCUACGUCCUGUCGGUAGUGAGCUACCAACUUCGUGUCCAGUGAGCUGUGAAGUCCUGUGGCCUGUCCGGUCACUCAGUUUAACAACGCCCUGUCCUGUUUCAACGAGCCACCAACGUCCCGUCCCGCAUCAAGCUUCCUAUGCCCGAUCCUGUAUUGGUGAGUUACCCACGAACUGUCCAGUGUCGGCGAUUCGCCUACAUUCUGUCCAGUGAGCUGCCGAUGUCCCGUGACCCGUCCCGGUCACCCACACCUCAAUGACUGUGUCCCAAGAUCGCCAUAUAGGACAAUUGAAGUUUGUGAGAGAACUAUUGACAGUAAAGAACCAUUGACACUUAAUUAAGCCCAGUGUGUGUUUUGAAUAAUAUUUAAAUUCUAUAGGACUUUCCACGAACCAGGCAAGUUGGAUUUUUAUUGUUUAAAACAUUUUUGGCAUUAAUUUUCUUAUGACUUAUGUAUUAACAUUUUUUUUACCUGGGUAGAACUUAGAUUUUUGCUAGAGUUAGUUGACAGCGAUUGGUCCUUAAAACUUAAUUAUUGUUUACUGUAUGAUCACCCUUAAUUUGCAUUGAUAUGGCUGGAUAUGUCAGUAGGAAAUGGAGUUUAGAAGAAAUUAGGCAUGUGGGUGUGUUACUUCUUUAUACGGGAGAGAACCUAGAGGAUAAGAACGUAUAGAUAGAGAUAAAGAGAGUCAGAGGCAAUUUGAAAUAGAUAAACUUGAUAGAGAAAUUAGACUGGCAAAAUUAGAGGCAGAACGACGGGAAAUUAUUUUAAAGAGACAGGCAUAUUAUUAUAGCGACAGUGACGAUGACGAGAGUCAAGGGGAAGAAAUAUAUUAUGGCAUUGCCAGCAUUCACUGUGAGAAUCCCUAUAAAAAUUUUAAUAGAUUUCCUAUUAAUGUAAGUGAAAACAAAUAUGUGGAUAACGGUGGACAUACUCAUGAUCCUGACCCCAGGCAAGAGCCGAUCUCGCAACCACGGUUCAUAGCUAAAGAUACUGAGGAACAAAAUGAUAUUAUUGCCUCUGCUGACGACUCAAUUUUUUUUAAUGGAAAUGACAGUGAAUUGUUAAUUGAUCCGUCGGCUAACGUUAAAAGGGACAACGUUGACCGUGCUGACAUACCCCCAGUGGCAAAGGGUACAGAUAUAGCUUUAGAAUGUCAAAACGAGGUUGAAGUAGUUGGUGUAUCCCAGGAAGUCCAAUGUAAAGAAGAAAGGGGGCGACAAUUUAAUAAGGUAGAAGUCAUUGGAAAUGACCUUAGGUGGACAUAUGUAGGGGAUUGUCCCAGCGCCACAGCAUGUAAUGAAUUGGUUGUUAUGGAAACGGGCGGCAUUGAAAUCAAAGAGAACCCUGUUCUAAUGUCUGAGGACAUGAUUUUUGUUGUAUCUCAUGGUGAGCCAUCAGAUAAUGUAGGUCCUGAAGUUGAUUUGUUCUGUGAAGUUGAUGAGGUGAGUGUAAUCCCUGAGGUGGGGGAAGGAGAGAAAAUUGUUGUUGAUAAUUAUUGUGAUGUAAAUGAGUCACUGUGUAAUGUGAGCAAAGGUUGCUCAAAUGUUGAUAUUUUUACAGAGAUAUGUACUGGUAAUGAAUAUGAAUUAGUUGAUAAUGUGAGCCAGGUGUGCUCAGGUUUUGAUGUUACUGCAGAGAUCUGCAAUGAAAAUGUAUUACAAGUUGUUAUGAGCAAGGGUUGCUCAAAAUUUUAUAGUAUUACAGAGAGCUGUAUUGAUGACGAAUCAAUAGUUAAUGUGAGCCAGGGCUGCUCAAAUUUUCAUAUUGUUACGGAUAGCUGUAAUGAUAAUGAAUCACCUGUUAAUGUGAACCAGGGCUGCUCAGAUUUUCAUAUUGUUACGGAUAGCUGUAAUAAUAAGGAAUCACCUGUAAAUGUGAGCCAGGGCUGCUCAGAUUUUCAUAUUGUUACGGAUAGCUGUAAUAAUAAGGAAUCACCUGUAAAUGUGAGCCAGGGCUGCUCAAAUGUACAUGUUGUUACGGAUAACUGUAAUGAAAAUGAAUCACCUUUACGGAUAAUUGUAAUGAUAAUGAAUCACCUGUAAAUGUGAGCCAGGGCUGCUCAAAUGUUCAUAUUGUUACGGAUAAUUGUAAUGAUAAUGAAUCACCUGUAAAUGUGAGCCAGGGCUGCUCAAAUUUUCAUAUUGUUACGGAUAAUUGUAAUGAUAAUGAAUCACCUGUAAAUGUGAGCCAGGGCUGCUCAAAUUCGCAUAUUGUUACAGAUAGCUGUAAUGAAAAUAAAUUCCCAAGUAAUGUGAGUGAAGGUUGUCCAGAUUUUGAGAGCCAGGAAUGCUCUAACAUUAAGUUGGAAACCAAUGUUGAAAGUGUUAAAGAGAGCGCUGCCAGCUCUAAAGGUGCCCUUGUUUAUGAUUUUCAAAAGGAGGUGAGAUGUCAGGUCCAUGAGUUCGGAGGUGAGGCUUUUAAUUGUAUUGUUAAACAAAAUGAAUCUGUUAAAAUGAACUGUUGCCAUGAUUGCUUUGAAGUUCCUGCUUUGUUUGAAUUUCUUUUUUAUGAGACUCGUUUUUCAUUUUGUAACAAUUUAAAAAUAUGUAUUGUAAAACUGAGAUUUCACAUGAGUUAUGACCACGGGUCAAAAGAACAGGGAGAGAUAAUUUUAAUUAUAAUAAACAUGUUGAAGCAUAAAGUUGUGAAAUCCACGGACAAAAGAUAUGUCCCGCCAUCUGUAGCUGUGUUAUUUAAGAGCAAAUAAAGGCUGCUCAAAUUGUGGUGAGACAUCUCUCACCUGUAAUAAUGUUAGAUAGUUUUGUGUUUCUAUAGUGAUGACCAUUGGUUUUAUUUAAAAAUACACCUUUUUGAUGAUAUGAUUUGGAUUAACUUAGUUAUAGUUUCAACUUCAGUAAGGAUAUUGAUGUAUUUGCCCGGAUUUUUGAGAUACAAAUAUAAUUAUUUUUAUUGGUAUGAAAAAUGAAAAUUAAUGUUGACAUUCAAUUUUAAUGGUCUGAUUUUUAUUGUGGUACAUGAAUUUUUAACUCUUGAAUUGCAUUUAAAAUUAUGUACGAAGGAUUGUUUAUUUUAUUGCAGUAUAUCAUAAAUCUGUUUGAUUUUCAGUGAUACCUAAAUAAUGUUUUUUGAUAAGGACCAUUCAUAUGGCUGAAGGGUUCUUCUUGAUGUAAUUGAUGUAAAUUUUGUAUGUCUGGUGACGAUUUCACUCCCUGAGUAAAAUCUGAAAUGAAAGAGGGGGGAUAUGUCGAGUAUGAGCGUUCAUUUAGGAAUUGUUGCAAAUCAAUAUUAUGUUCAUUAGUUGUUGAACGCUUUUCCCGCGCUUGACUAUUAUAGUUAGUGAACGCUCUUCCCGCCAUUGUAUUUAUGACGUAUUUUUAUGCUGAGUCGUGACGUAUUGUCUAUGCGGUGUUGUGACGUAUGUUGUAGUCGUGCGGCAGUCUUGAGUGGAACCUUGGAGUGAUAGGAUGUUUAUAUAUUUACUUAGAUAUUAAAGUUAUAGUUAUUAUCAAAAGGAGUUGAGUUUGAUCUAUGAUAGUGAGAAUAGUACGACGCUUCAACGUAUGAAAGAACUGACGAAUGUAAUCAAUCCAAGAAGACGUAUAGGAGUUGACAUGCAAUAAAUAAAGUUAAUAUGUAUAUUUCUUUCAGACAGUUGCUUUUAUCUGCGUCAGUUUAGUAUCUUGUUAAAAAUAAAUUUAUUGACAUUUGUUUGUGUGUACUUAUUAUUUUAUAAAAUAUUUAUAGAAAAGGUUAUGAUCAUUAAAAUAUUUUUAUUUGAAUUUAUUUUCAAACUCUUUUUCAACCAGAUCAACAGAUAUAAACCAUAAGACAAUGAAAUCUAAAAACAUUAACUCAAACCACAAGCCAGAGCGAUCCACGCAACACAAUUCACACAGGCCAACCUCACCCGCACUUUCAUCUUCGCCACCUUCUGAAGCAGCACCGCCAACACCACCCCCACCACCACGCAGAAUCACUCGCCGCAGUGUACACGAUACGCCGAAAUCAGACAAUCUGACAUCAAAAUCAAAAGCAUCAUCAGCCGGUUCAGAACAGAAAAGUCCUAAGUCAUCUGAGUGUUCUCCAUCCAAAAACACAGUGAGAAAUGAGGCACAAACUGAACCCAUCAUCCCUAUAGCCUCGAGGACAAGGCGAAGGGCACAAUUUGAUGUUGUGGAAAUCUCAAGUGGGAUUAUUGUUAAGCAGGAACCAAUCAGCGACACAGACAUGGAUAUUACACCUCUAGAUUUACCUGGCUCAAAUCAGGUAGGUCAAUGAUUUUUACACCUUAAAUUUUAUCUUGCUCAAAUCAAGUUGGCGGAAGGUUAUGACUAUUAAAAUAACCAUAUAUUCAUGUUCUAUUAUUAUAUAUAUGUUUAUAAUUUUUUUUGCAGAUGUGUUGAAAAAUCAGUGUCUUUUUUUCUGUUUGACGUUUCUUUGAAGAAAUUAGUUUUUGUCUGUGAUAUGAAAAUUUUUUGCUAAUUUAUUUAUCUGGUAUAUAAUAAAUAUUUACGACUACGGGGAACAAUUUCACAACCAAGGUAAAAAAAUCUGUACUUUGGUCAUCAUUUUAAUAUAUGUUUUCAGUUUGACCACUUGCAUUCGAAUGGGCAGGAAGUGGCAUGCAGUGCGGCUGGCACAGAAAGCUUAACAUUGGGUUCAUCCCGGGGCAGAGAAGAUGCUAUGGACAGAAUCCUUGGAUGGCAGUUACUGCCCCCAGACGUCAUUGCUAAUGGCCCCAUUACUCCGUCACAUAUUUAUGGAACAGUGCAUUUAUUGAGAAUGUUUGGUGAGAUAAGCAUAUUUGCAUCUUGUUUGUUUCACUUAUUUUAUAUUUUUCAUUUUUAAUAGUGCAUUCUAAAAUAAUUUGAAGGGGUGGGGGGAGUACACAUAUUUUCUCAUAUACCCUGUUUAAUUACUUUUGUUUUUUGUUCAUACAUUAUUAAAAGUUAAAAUUUUCUAAUAUUUUACAAAAAACUAUUUAUCAGAUUUUUUUUCUUUCAGUCAAGUUGCCGGAGCUUUUGAAGAAGAUGCACAUGAAGGAUGUUCAAUUACAGAUUAUCGUUAAAUUUAUUCAUCACUGUUUGCAGUAAGUUUUGUUACUACUAUCCUACAACACACUUACUGAAAUUUUUUAAUGUGUUAUGAAUUAGCAGUGAACCCAACUUCUGUGUAAAAAUUGUUCUGACAUACAUAUUUUUAGAAGUUCCAACAGGAAUUUUAUGUAUUUAUAUUUUAAUGUGAUAGGGUCAGCGUAUUUUACUUUUAAUGAAAGGUUUGAUGUGUUUAUAUUUUAAUGUGAUUGAGGCAGCGAAUUAUACUUUUAAUGAAAGGUUUGAUGUGUAUUUAUGUAUUCCAGGUAUUUAGUGGACCACCAGAGUGAGCUAUUCCACGACAAGACUUAUAUCAAGGCAUAACAACAACAAAAUGUCUAGACUUUAUGCAAAUCAUGUACCAUUUAACCAAUCAGCUGACUGCGAUUACAUAUAGAUUAAGCUAAGAAUUAUAUAUUAAAGAUGUUAAUUUGUCAAUUUAUCCUACAUCCGAUGAUCAUUUUCAAUGAACAUUAAAAAGAAAAUAAUUUUUCUUUUUAAAAACAACAAAUUUUAAGGAAGAUGAACAUAAAAAUGUAUCUUUAUGUAAGAUAGAGCGCACGACUAACAGCUUUAGUUGGCAAGCUCUACUUGUUAAAAAUAAUUUCUUUAAAAGAUGGAUUUCUCUGACUUACUCAAAGCUUUUUAUGGCAGUUGAUAAAUUGUUCAUUGUAAAAGUAAAAGAAUAAAAAAAAAGAGCACUUUUGAGCAUCUUGUCUAGCUUUAGUCUGAUACAUAUAUGUCCACUGGAGCUGUCUCCAGCUACUUCAUAUCAUUCUAGCAUUGUUGUAUGAAUUAUGAUCACAAUUACCACAGGAGAUGUGGCUCUCCUGGAGAGUUAAGAAUUGUACAUUAUCUUCCUUGUAAAUAUGUAGAGUUAACUAAUCAAUUCUAUGUCACUGCUCUUGUUAAUCAAGUACUAUAAUUAUUUGGCUAUUCUGUUUCAAAAGUUUGAGGGUAAUUGUUUUAUCAUCCAAAUCUGCAUUUAAUUUAACAUUGCCAUUAAGGAGUAACAUGCUAUUGAAAGUUGAUUUCAAUAUUUCACUAAGAAAUUGAUGUAAUUUUAAAAAAAAAAAAAGGUCGUUUUAUUAAAUAAAUUAAAAAAUAAUGACUGUAACUGCAUCCAAUAAUUUUGAGUACUGUCUUUGUUUCCUUCAUUGAUUUGCCAAAUGUUUCACUUGUAGCGUAGACAACUUCUUCUAAAUGCAGCAGCAACAUUUACCUCCUAUCGAAAUCUUUCCAGUCACAACAAAACAUGGAACAUUUAAUGUCCUUGAAUACACUUUAUUUAGUUCUGUUACUGUUAACCCUUUGUGACCAGGACAGAUAAACUAAAGAGUUAGGAGCAAUUACAGAAAUGAGUUCUGAGAAACUGCCCGGUUUUGACUGGUUUCUCCCACAUGUUAACUCAAUUUCAUUUUCUAUUUUCCCCAUGAGUACAAGUACAAGGGAAUAGAUUUAUUAUUUGUCAAAUAGGGGAGCUGGCUGCAAUAAACUUAAUGAAUAUUAAAGCUACAGUGAGAUAUAUCAUAAUUUGUAUAGCACUUAUCAUUUGAGCAGGCC